CUGCUUUCCCUCAGGAAGUACCUUGUACUUGUUAUGUAAAGCGUACAUUGCACUGGAGGAAAAGUGUACGGAGAGCUGAAUUUUAAGCACAGCGAUGGAAACCGACUCCCCUUUUCUGCUGGCUGCAGUGUCUCUUCUGUCUGCCCUGCAAAUGGGCAUCUUAGCCCGGCGAGUGGGCUUGUCCAGGAUAGCCCAUAAGGUCGUGCCUCCCGCUGUCACUGGACCUCCAGAGUUUGAGAGGACUUUCCGCGCACAUCAGAACUGCGUGGAGUGUUACCCUUUAUUCCUGGUGACACUGUGGGCCAGCGGGAUGUUCUUCAGUGAAGCGAUCGCAGCCGCAGGAGGACUGCUGUACAUGAUCGCCCGAGAAAUCUAUUUCAACGGAUACAUCAAGUCCACCAAGAAACGGUUACCUGGUUUUUACCUGACUCUGGCUAUCUUUCCCACUCUCUCUCUGCUGGCUUUGAUUGGAAUACUGCGUGGAAUACUGCACAAGUACUUUCACAUCCACCUCUGAAGAUCUCACUUCCACCUAAUGAACAAGCAAUUAAAAAGUCGGCCUAUGAGAUGAGGGCUAUUUCAGAAAUAGGACUGUUCAUAGUAUACACAUCUGUUUUUAAUGAUGUCUGAUCCCCAGUAUCAUGUUCUUUUAAAACACUGUGUUUGUAACCUUGCAGAUACCUUUAAGUCUGACAGUCUAUGGAACAAUGCUGCCCUUUGGUGUCUUAUUUUUCACAGUAACAAAAUGUAAUUCAUUCUUUUCUUUGAUAUAUUAUUCCUCUGCACAGUGACUCCUCACAUUUCAUCACUGGCCUCCCAUUUCAUAAGACUAAACAAAUUCAAGGUUGAUUUCAGUGAAGUAAAUGAUGUGUUUUCA